UUUUAGAUCCAAGAAUAGGACAUAAAUCGAAAGAGUGCAGUCCUCAAACGCAGUGCAGCGUGCAGUGGGGAGCGUUCCGAAUCCGAUUUCAGUUACGAGACGAGUGUGUGUCCCAAACCUACAGUCGGCACCAUGAGCGUGUUGGCGUAUCCACGUACAAACGAUGAGGAGAUUUUUCGUCACUGCACAAAGGAUUGUGGCGUCGUGACGGCCACCGAGGACUUCCAGUAUUUCGCAUUGCGCUGUAUCUUCUGCAGCGAAAAGUUCCUCUACUUUGAUUCAUUCAUUAGCCACAUGCAAACGGUGCAUCUGGGCACCGAGGGGCACGUUCCCCCAUCCAGCCUCGCCCUCAGCUUUGGCGAGCCCAUGUCCCUGUCGAUGGACGAGGAUGCCCUGCACGAGGGAAUCCAUCAUAGAAAUGGGCACCACUUUGACGAGAUCGAAGACUUGACCGAUGCGGACACCGCUCUGCUCGAGCCACAAAUGGUCAUCAAACAGGAGCUACCCGAACCGCCAUGUAGCGACGACGACGACGACGACGACGCGGAUCCCGACCACGAUGAGGAUGUGCUCCGUUUGCCGGCAGACGAAGACGAUUCUGAGGCCAUUGACGACGAAGAGGCCAUCCUACCCGAAAGCGAUGUGCCCGCAAUUAUUCCAAGACCGCGCCCCCGUAUGAAGGUGACCAAGCCGCGUGUGGAUGUCAAAAACGAACCCAUCACCGCCGACGGUGAUUCGUCGAUGGAUGAUUAUGCCGACCAUGAUCGGAGCUACAUGGGGGACAAUGAGAAUGACAAUUCGGGCGAAUAUUUGGACUACAGCGGCGGCAGCAGCAGCUUCAAUACAGCGGCCAAUCACAUCUUCCCCGGCAACGAAUCAACCGAUUUUCUCAGCUAUGACGAGAUGGUCGAGGAGUCCCUCUUGGGGAGGGACCGUGAGCUUACGAUGCACAUCAAGGAUCGCAAGAUGAUCCAAUUCCUCAUACAAUCAUAUCAGCGCAAUCCGUUCCUGUGGGACCACAGCGAUGCCCAGUUCCGGGAUCGUGUAAAGCGUGCCCGCUUCCUCGAUUGGAUUGUCCUGGAGUUUCAGAGCCGCUUCAACAUCUCUCUGGCCAAGGAUGCCAUCACCAGGAAGUGGGACAAUCUGCGCACCGUUUACAAGCGCGAAUGCAAUCGGAUGGCCCUCGAGAAGACGAACAUCAGUACGCUGUGGUACUUUAAGGAGCUGCAUUUCCUCAACGAGGUCUACAGCUACAAUUCCAAAAUGUCCGAUGCUGUCGUCAAGGAAACCUCAUACCGGCGCCGAUUCUCAGCCAUUUGGAACGACACAUCGACAGCAAAGUUGCUGAGCAUGGUGAAGCGAUAUCAGUGCUUCUAUAACCGCUUUGAUCCGGACUACCGCAGCAAGGAGCGUCGAGGCGAGGGCCUGCACCAGAUGGCCAUGGAGCUGCAGCAGCUGAUUGAUGUGUCCACCAUCCAGAUCUCGAAGCGCAUCUCGCAGCUCCGCUUUGACUAUUCCAAGCAGAAGCUGGAGCGCCUUAAUUGCGAUCGUGCGGGGCGCAAGUUCAUACCGAAUUACAUCUACUACGAUCAAAUGAACUUCAUGGACGACGACAUACCGCCGUUCAAGUGCCAGCAUUGUGCAGAGAUUGUGCAGACGCUGCGCGAACUCGACCUGCACAUGCUCACCCACCAGCCGAGCCUCGGCGGCGGCUACUAUUGCAAUGUGUGUAACAUUCAGUUUAACAGCGCUGAGGAGUUCGAUAGCCACAAGCAGCUGCAUCUGGGCGCCGGCACCGAGGGCAAAUUCAACUGCGAACUAUGCACGGCCAGCUUCCGGGAGAAGUCCAACUACGAUGAGCAUUUGCGGCGCCACAACGAGGAGCUGUUCCUGCCAACGCUGGCGCUCAAUCUCAAUCACAGCAUACUGGAGUCCUCGGGCCCCGCCGAUUCUGGUUCUGGUUCGGGUUCUGGUUCGGGCGAUGCUCAUAAGCGCCGCCGCCGCCGAAGCGGUGUCCAAUCGUCUGACGAAAAUGCCGAUGAGCAGGACGAUCAGCAGGACGGACCAGCAGACGGAGAGCUGAAGCCUUUUGGGUGCGGUGUGUGCCAACGGAGCUUCGCGACGCCCGGCCACCUGAAUGCCCACCGCAUUGUGCAUCAGGAUGAGCGUGAGCGCUCCUACAAGUGCGACUAUCCGCAGUGCAACAAGUCAUUUAUGGCCCGCAACAGCCUGUUCGAGCAUCUGAAGUUGCACUACAGCAACGAGGAGUUCAAGUGCGACAUCUGCGGCAAGACCUUCAAGUCCACAAAGAAUCUGCAGAAUCACAAACAGAUCCACGACAAGGUCAAGCGUUAUGUCUGCCAGAUAUGCGGCUCUGCAUUCGCCCAGGCCGCCGGCCUCUAUCUCCACAAGCGACGACACAAUCGGCCCAAUGGCGCUGUUGGUGCUGUUGGCCGAUCGGGUCGUAGCAGCCUGUGAGAGGGACGAGAGCGGGAUCGUGAUCGGGAUCGGGA